CCUCGGAUACCACUUAACUUUCAUAAAUAGGGGAGCUAUACAACUUAACUUAGAAUAGGGCGUUGGGUUCUAUGGAAAUAAAAAUAUAAGUCUAGGCCACAUCAGCCUUGCCACAUCGGAUUGGAGUUGCUGAAUCGAUUACCUAUCCAAACCUCCAUUCUCUCCCAUCGGAUUAGAGCACAUCAUUCGCCAGUCAGAUCAUCGUGGAUAUAUAGCAGCGUUAGCAUUUCCGCCAACCAAUCUUCCAAAAGGAGCACUUGUGGCGGAGCGACAGAUAAACCAAAUGACGCAAAUGCAAGCGUAAUUCAACCAGAGGUAACCAAUUCCACGUUGGCAGCCGGCAGGUGAGGCGAACAGGCGGGAGCACGAGGAGAGACGUGAUGAAUCUCUUCUCUGGAUUUCGCCGCCAUUCACAUCUUGCAAUGGACAUCGUUAUUUAUAUAUCUAUCAAAUACUCAGUAGUCAAGAAAGAACGCAAAAAAGAAACAAUGGCGUCCAAAUCCUCUGCAUCCACACUGCAAGUUUCAGAACUAUGCAAGGUAACUCCGGCCGCCGACUCGCCGGAAUCCGCCACACAAUUCACACUCCCGCUAACUUACCUCGACACCACCUGGUUCAGAUUCCCACCAGUCGAGUUGGUCUACUUCUACAAACCCACCGCUUCUCCGAUCCCUCCCCAUUCCUUCUACUCCCUGCUUCUCCCCAAGCUCAAGCGGUCGCUCUCCCUAACACUCGCCCAAUUCAUCCCCCUCGCCGGCCAACUCCGAUGGCCGCCCAAAUCACCCACCCCCGUCGUAAUCUACACUCCAGGCGACGCGGUCUCUGUAACAAUCGCCGAAUCAACAGCCGAUUUGGACCGAUUGGCCGGCGACGCACCCCGUGAAGCCGCCGAAUCGCGGCCGUAUGUACCUCAAUUAGAAGUCUCCGAGACGACGGCCUCCGUCGUAUCCCUCCAGAUCACUUACUUCCGGAACAGGGGAUUCUCCGUCGCGAUUACCCUCAACCACGCGGUCAUCGAUGGGAAAACCACCGCCAUGUUCCUCAGAGCAUGGGCUUCGAUCUGCAAGCACGGAGAGAAUCAUCGGCUCCCGAAGGAGCUCACCCCAUCAUUCAAUCGAACGGCGGUGGAAGAUCCGUCGGAUCUCGCCACCGCUUACUUGAAUCGGUGGGACGAAGUUCUUACUCGGCAAUCGAUUACCUACAACCCUCGUAGCUUGAACGUUUUCCAGAAGGUAUCCCCGCCGCCACCGGAUCUUCUCCGAGCGACGUUCCAGCUGAGCCCGAACUCAAUUGGGAGACUCCGAGAGAAGAUUCUGAGCCAUCGGUCAAAUUCGCAUGAACGCCUUCACCUGUCGUCGUUCGUGGUAACGUGUGCGUUGGUGGCGGUGUGUCUAGUGAAAGCUAGAGGAGGGAGGAGAGAUAGAGACGUCUACUUGGUUUGGUCUGUGGAUUGCCGAGCCCGGCUAGAUCUUGCGGCGAUCCCGCCGAAUUACUUCGGGAAUUGCUUAGGGGUGGAUUACUUGGUGGCGGAGGCGGGGAGCUUGAUGGGGGAGAACGGGAUCGCGGUUGCGGCGGAGAAGAUUAGCGAGUUGGUCAGGGGAGUAGCGACGGCGGUGGGGGGAGUGAAUUCGGCAGCGGCGGUGGAGAAGAUGGGGCGGCUGAGGAGCGUGGGGCCGGAAGUGCAGAAGUUCGGGGUGGCUGGGUCCCACAAGCUGGGGUUUUACCAGAUCGAUUUCGGGCUGGGUAGGCCGGUCAAGAUGGAAACGACGUCGCUGGACAAGACGCGGGGGAUCUCGGUGGCGGAGAGCGGAGAUGGGAGUGGUGGGAUUGAAGUCGGCGUCGUUUUGGUUGGGCAUGAAAUGCAGGCUUUCGAGUCGUUCUUUGUUCAAGCUCUGAAGGAUGUUGGUGGUUGUGGCCAUCGUUGUUCGAGGUUGUAAGGACGUAAAACGGUGUCAUUUACGGCAAGGCCUGAAAUACUAUGGUAACCCUUGUACUUUAGAGGUUGACAAGUGUGACUGGAUGCAAAUUGAGUCACAAAAAUAGUGGAAGAGUCCAAACCCAAUGCAUCGACAACACCAUGUUAGUUACAAGACAUCCAAAUAAAAACAAAUCUCGUAG